AUUGUUCUCCCUCGGCGACGGAUCAGAUACCGCGCGCAGAAGAGGCGGCGCGUGCACGAGCCGCGUGUAGCGUGCAGAGUCAGCGACUCUACGUGGCGAUGGUGGAAGCCGGCGGAGAGCGCGAGGAGGAGCCGAUCUCAUCCGGUCAACGACACGUCCGCGGAAUCCACGUGCAGCCCGUCAGCGAUGCAAACACACGGGGCUGCGCUCUUCUCCUCAGCCGGGGCGGGUCUCAUCGUGCGGAGACCACUGACCGCCGCUGCGAGAGGUACGGGAAAGCGAUCCAGUGGAGCGGUUAAGAUGCUCGCGACGCGUCUUCUGCUCCUGCUCAUCCUCCCUUCACUGAGCCUGUGUGCUCCACAACUUCAGCAAACACUCAGUGAUGACAUUGUCGUACCGGACCUUGCGAAUCCUUUUGGCUCCAGCGAAGACAACCGCAGGCUCUUACAAAGCUACAUCAAGAGCAGCCUGAAGGAAGGACAGACCAGUCCAGAGCUGAACACAAGGGAGCAAGAGGUAUUUUUCCUUUUCUCUCUGUACGACUACGACAGAAGUGGGCAGAUGGAUGGCCUUGAACUGAUGCAACUGCUGACAGAUUUUCUGGCUUAUCAUGAAACGUUGCCAAAGUCUGCGGAUUCUGUUGUAUCUUUGGUGGAUUAUCUGCUACAAACUCAAGACCUGAACCAGGAUGGCCUACUGGCUCCUUCAGAGCUGUUAUCCACAAUAGAUCAAGAAAACAAAAUUGUUCCCCCUGAUGCACCUGCUGAGGAAGCCUUAAAUCGAGAGCAAACGCAUACAAACCCAGAGGACGGAGUUUACGAAACUCACCAGCAAGAUGCAGUGGUCAACCAAGAACCUCGACAUGAAAGUGAGACGCAGGACAUGGAAGCUGAAAAUCACCACCAGACUCCUGAAAAGCUUGAAGAACAUCAGCCUACCGGAGAACAGGAGCUGCACGAUGACCAUCAGGAACAGAAGAACAUACCAGUCCAUCAAGACCAACCAGAAAUAUAGUGCCAAAUUAAGCAUGAAGUGCAACUUAAGAGACUUGUACAAAUCAGCCAUACAUUGGAAACCACUUACUUGCCCGCAUAUACUGUACAGCGGAUGCAUAAUUUAAUUCUGGAUAUACUAAAAGUUAUGAAUGAGUACAAGAGCAUGUGUUAAUGAUUAGCAUUGCGGUAAAUAUCAACUUGUGAUCUUAAUUACGGAACCAAAAACAAUCAUUUGAAUUAGUUAAUGCCCCUUUUAAACUAUGCAAACCCAUAAAGUACAGCUUAGCUUUAUGAGGUGUUAAGCAGAAAUCUAGUCACAGCCAAGGAUAAAUCACCAUUAAAAAGGUUUUAUACCAAGGUCUUUGCAUAUUCCUAUAGCCAGGCCCCCUACCCCUUUUUUUUUGGAAAUUAAACCACUCUGAAGCCAUUAGAAGUGGAGAUAACAUUAAAAGACUCUGCAUGCAACAGAUUUGGGAUGUAGAGGACUGAAAUGUCACUGCAGUCACUCAUGCUACAUUUCCAGUACAGAUUUAUCAGCUAGCUUUUCUUCUAUACCAAAUGUGAAAUCCCACUUUUAGAUCUGAUAUUCAUUUUCUUGGUUUCCUUUGUUAUCCCGGCUUGUUUUAGGGAGAGAGGAAAAAAGAAAAAACCCAACAUUACAUAUCGGUUUUAAUAUUUAUUACAUUUUAGACAGUGCAUUAAAAAUUAAGACAAAAGUAAAGACUAAGUAAAAACCAUUCAAAAUCGAAGGCAAAUAA